AUGCUUCAACAACAGACGCACGUUAAACCACCAUCAAAGUUCACGCGAGAUGGUUUCUUGAAGAGGCCCUACCGUUGGCAGGCGCAACUGGAGGCGCUUCAAAAGCACUUGCUUGCCGCAAAGCACAAGGAGAAACUUCCACCGAAGCCGCUUCGCUAUCUGGAGCGAAUUGAGAAGCCCUUACCUAGACCACCUACUCCCACUGUUGCGGACUACAAUGUAAGUACUGCAAACCUAUACCUCUCAUCGGCCCUUUCUACUUUUUUUGUUCGAGCUACGAUUCUCGCUACAACAUUUGAACAAAACUUUCUCUAA